UUCGGUGAAUAAUUAAUUUUCAUGUUUUCUUAGUGUUAUUCAUAGAAUUUGAUAUAAACAACCUUAGAGGUAAUAUAUCUAUAUAUGUAUAUAGCUUCCUCCAUGUCGACACGUGUUUGCCUUGUAGCGUUGAUUGGUUUACCAGCUGCUGGUAAAAGUACAUUUAGUAGAUGGAUCCUAUCGUUACCGCAACCCCACUUCAACGUCAUUCAUCUUUGUUAUGACGAUCAUCUGCCAGCACAAGAUAAUUCACUUAAUGCAGAAUUUGAAUUCCAAAUGCAACGUAAUAAAAUCUUAGCAACUAUAAACUCGAUUGUAUGUGAAUUAAAUGAUCACGCUUGUGUAGCAAAAGAUACCGUUAAAUCUGUAAAGUUAUCUGAAAAUGUGAAUUGCAACGACUUCUUGAUCCUAUGUGAUGACAAUAAUUACUAUCAUAGUAUGAGAUACAAGUUGUAUCAGUUGUGUAGGCAAAACAAGAGUGCUUAUGCACAAAUUUACUUAGAGUGUGAUGUAAAUUUAGCUUUAAAUCGAAAUAGUGCACGGCCUGAUAAUGAGCGAGUUUCGGAGAAAAUCUUGCAACGAAUGGGAAUAAGGCUAGAGAAGCCCGAUUCCGCAAAACAAUACUGGGAGGAAAACACAUUUGUUUUGGGGGCGUGCGAAAACCUUAAUGUAAAGAAAGCUCAGAUUUUAACUUUUCUCUGUAAUUCGUUUGAUAAAAUACCACAGCCACUAUCGCAAACUGUUACAUCUGAAACAGUAACGUCAUUGCUGCAUCAACUUGAUUUGCUAUUACGAAGAAGAAUUGGCGAAAUUCUGCAUUUAGAGAAUAAUUCAUCUGAACGGUCAAAGAAAGCAAAAAUGCUGAUAGCUAAGCGCAAAGAAAUACUACAAGAAGUCAGAAAAAAGGGUGAAAAAGAAUUAAUAAGUACUGAUGACUUCAACACAUAUGAAUAUUUGUUGAGCUAACCUAUGUAUAACAUCUUCGCGGAAUUCGUUUCAACUUGUAAAUUCAAAAGUGUAUAUUAAAUAUGUGCAAUACACGAAUAUCGAUACAUCAAAGCAAAUUAAAUAUUAGAUUUAAUGCUUUUAUUUUAUAAAGACAACUCUGUAGUUUAUUAGAUACAUAUGUUGCAUUUUAUUUGCACAAGUUAUAUUGGUUUGUAUUAUUUGGUAUAUAUAAAAAUUUAAAGAAUAUACUAAAUUUUUAUAAAACUAUUUGUUAAUUACUGUAAUUUCAGCUGAAUUUCCCUAAUAGAAUUAAAAUAAAAAACAUACAGAUGAAUAUCGUACUCGUAAAUUUAAAUAUACGGCAAAAUAUAGUUGAUUUUAUAUUCGUAAAUUGAUAUAAUUUCUGGUAAUUUGACGACUAUUCUCCAGUAGUCUUACAAAAUGUGGGUAGUAUUAAUCUCUAAAAAGCUACCAAUCUACGUUUGGUUUAUUUCAUUCAAAUCAAAUUGAAGUCCGGACAAAUUUGAAAUUAGAAUGGCAGCUUGCCCAAACGAUUUGGAAAUCAGUGCACAUUAAAAUUUGUAAAGUUAACGAUUCAAUCAUUUUGAGAUUCUGUGUAGCGAUAUAUCCAAUUGCUAUGAAGGUAUAUGUAAAAAUAUAUAAAUGUAUUUAUAAACACGAAUAUAAAC